AUGUCUCCUCCACAGCUUGCUUCAGGGUCACUCUAUCAGGAAUUCAGCAUUGACCCAGAUUCUAACAAAGAUCUUGAACCUGUCGACGUCCACAUGACAAUGACGUGUCAAGAUGGUACCGUUUUGUACGAAUCUGGAGACAACUGGAAUGACCUUCUUCAUACCAUCAUUCGCAACGACGAUGACAUAGCGCUCAAACAGUAUCUUAGCAUUAAGCCUUCCGCGGUCGGAAACGAGUGUUAUGAAGACCCGCCCUCUUGGUCUCCCUUUUAUAACGCAGCCGAAAGCGGAAGUCUCAAGGCGCUGCAGGUUCUUCUGGCCCACCAAGAAACGGUCACCAUCAGGCCUGGAUUUGUCAUUUAUAAAGAGCUCGGAUUUUGCCUGCUUAAUGAAGCUGCUAGACAUGGUCAUAUGGAAAUGGUGCAAUUCUUGCUUGACAACAAUGCCGAUAUCCACGAGCGCGACGACAGUGGCUACACGCCCCUAGCGGCUGCCGCUGACAGGUAUUCGGUAUACGACAAAAUGCGACCGUCCACCGAGAAAAGCACUGCUAUCAUGAAUUUGCUGCUAGAUCAGGGUGCUUCUGCCUCUGAUAUAGUUGAGCCUUGGUCACCGGAUAUGGGUGUCCGUGAUACAGUUCUAACGCUGGCUGUGCAAUGGGCAGGAACUGAGCUGGUCAAGAGACUUAUUCAAGACGGCGCUGAUAUUUAUUUCAAGCUAACAAGAGACCCUUUCAGAAUGGGAUGGACGAACGAGGAAAUGGAUGACGUUUCCAACGUUGCCUCGAUUUCUAUCGCAUCCUUUCACCUCAACCUCAAUGCAAUUAAGGUCCUACUUGGCGCUGGUGUCAACAUUACAGACACUGUAUCCGUUCGCGAUAGCACCGACAGUCUUCCACUCCACUGGGCAACUCGCAGCCACCGAAGGCGUGGAUGGAUGAACGUACCUUCAUCGGUGGUUGAACAAGAGACCGAAAGACUGAUCAGGGUUAUCGAGCUUCUGUCAGAAGCCCAUCCCGAGGCGGUCAAUAGCCAGGAUAUGGAUGGAAAUACGCCCUUGCACAUUGCUACCCAACAUCGUUUGCGACAACAUAAGCACUAUACCGCCGUUGUCGAACUACUUUGUACCAGAGGGGCAGCUGCAAGCAUACACAACAACAAGAAGGAGACUCCACUACACACCCUGCUAAGUGACCCCUUUGCCUCUUCAACUGUCGAUGUCAAAGCUAUAGACAUUCUGAUUGCCAAUGGCGCCUCUGUACUCGAUACCGACGAAGCUGGGAAUUCACCUCUACAUCAUGCAGCUAUGGAUGUGAAUCAUGCUGAUGUGAUUUCCGCAUUGCUUCAGCGCGGCGCUGAUGUUACUCUGAGAAAUGCGGCUCAGGACACAGCUCUUCACUUGGCUGGUUUGAGUCCCUUUCGUCGAUCUGCUUCACUUGACGAGAGGGAAAGGCUGCAGGAUAAUGUGAUGGCGAUACUAUCCAAGGCAGCUGGGCCUACGGGCGUAGAAAUGUUGAAUGGGGAGGGGAAGACGGCGCAGCAGCUAUGCCAAGAGCAAAGGAAGAUAAGAAGAGAUGAGGAAAUGGCGUGGCUGGCUAUUGAGAAGAGACGGGCGGCCCGUUUGAGGUAG